CCCCCCGGAGAGCCAUAUUGAGACAAGUCAUUAAUAGCAGCGUAAUAGAUCGGAUUCCCGUCUGUGAGUAGAAUUAGAUCCUUUUAGCCGUAGAAUGACGCUCAUGUGAAUGUUUACAACAUGUUCAGUUCGGCCUCUUAAAGAGUUCAUAAAAAGCGACCGAAGAAGAAGAAAUGGAUUUAGAUCACAGGCUGCUGGAUCUGAACCACACACCUCAAAUAACCCGACAUGGAGCAGAUCUUCGACAGCAGAAUUUCACAGAUCAUCAGCACAGGAACUGUAAUGUGAACCAGGAGAAAGAAGAACUUGUUCAGAUUAAAGAAGAAUGGGAUGAACUGAAACCGCUGCAGAUGACAGACAGCAAGAAGCAGCAGGAACUUCUGAAUGUAACCGAGAACCAGGUGGUACUACAACAUCAGGGGACAAAGAACGAACAGGUGGAACUACAAGUUCUGCAGGUCAAAGAGGAGCACAAGGUGGAACAAGAGACUCCGCACAGAUCGCAGAAUCAUGUAGAGCGAGAGAAUCAGCACAUAAAACCAGAACCAGAGGAACUGGAAAUCCUGCAGGUGAAAGUGGAAGAGAUGGAAAUGUGUAUUAGUCAGGAUGAGGAGAAGGUUUCACUGAAGCAGGAGGCCAAUUCCUUUGAGGAAAGAGACAGUGUUGCACCAGAACCAAUCAGGAAUGGACCCGACUCCCAGGACUCUCCAGAAGCUGAGAACCAGAAUCAGGAAGGGAGCAAUCCUGAAGACUCCGAAUCAAGCCGGGACGAGAACCUGUAUUCCUGUGAAGUUUGUGAUAAAUAUUUCACACUCAGCAGUUACUUAAAUGAUCACAUGAGAACUCACACAGGUGAGAAGGCGUUCGCCUGUCUGACCUGUGGAAAGACGUUCACUCAGAGAUGUAACCUGACCCGUCACAUGAGAGCUCACACGGGCGAGCGACCUUAUCCAUGCGAAGUGUGCGGCAAAGGUUUCAACGACAGUGGGGAUUUAACUCGUCACAUGAGAACACACACGGGUGAGAAACCGUUCUCGUGUGUGACCUGUGGGAAGGGUUUUACCAGGCAGGUCAGCCUGACCGCUCACAUGAGAAUACACACGGGUGAGAAGCCUUACCCAUGUCUGUCCUGUGGGAAAAGUUUCACUCAAAGCAGCGCCUUAACCGUCCACAUGAGAACCCACACGGGUGAAAAGCCGUAUCCCUGUGGGGUGUGUGGGAAACGUUUCUCCCGGAGCUGCCACCUAAACGUCCACAUGAUCACUCACACAGGCGAGACAUUCCCGUGUCUCACCUGUGGGAAACAUUUCACCCACAACAGUGCCUUAAACGUCCACAUGAGGAUUCACACAGGUGAGAAGCCGUAUCCGUGUGGGCUGUGCAGCAAGUCCUUCUCUCGGAGUAGCCUACUGACUGUUCACAUGAGAACGCAUUCGGGAGAGAAGCCCUAUCCAUGCGAAGUGUGUGGGAAAUAUUUCUCACGGCGCAGCCACCUGACCGAUCACAUGAGGACCCACACAGGGGAGAAGCCGUUCUCCUGUCAGACCUGUGGAAAGUGUUUCAGUGGCAGGCAUAGUUUGAAGUUUCACAUGGGGACUCACGCACGAGGAAGUCAUGCCAGACUGAAGUAUGCCAACAGCCUGGGGAAAUGCUCUGCUGCCUGGAAGCACACCCUUUGCGGAACUAAAGUUAGUUCACAGUUUCUCCCAGAGCGUCACAGGGAGAAGCACGGGAGAUCCAAACAGAGCCUGACAGCGUUAGCUUUGCAUCCGAGACUGUCAGGAGACUCCAUCUGUUCUGUUAGGCAGAGCAUUUCACCGUUUGCAGUAAAAAUGUCUUCAGUUCAGCCUCAGAGAGCGCCAAGUACGGAGCAUGAAACUCCCGCUGAAGAAACAUUUCCUGAGUUUAAAGAAAUCAUCGUCAAGUCCGAAGAGGAGGUCGAUGAUCUGCCUCAGUAUUAUGACAGUAAAGAUGACCAGCAGCCCUCUCACCAGGAGAAGAAAACCAGUUUGGACGAGGAGGAACCAGAACCUCUUCUGAUGAAACGGGACCAAGAGGAAGAAGAGGAGCAGGUGGAGCUGGUGCAUCUGGAGAUAAAAGAGGAAGAGGAGGAACUCUACAUCAGUCAGGAUCAAGAGAGCGUUGUGUUCAAGCAGGAGAUUGAUACUUCAAUGAUGACUCUUUGCAAUAAGGAAAAAUCUGCUUCUAAACGUAACCAGGAAGUUCCUGAAUCUAAGAAACAGGAUCCUGAAGACCCUGGAUCCAGAAAAGACGAAGAAUCAAAUCAAAACAGCUUCCUGAAAACUCACACAUUCAAGAAUCUGUACUCCUGUAAAAUCUGUGGCAAAAUUUUCCCUCAAAACAGUCACUUAACGAGACACAUGAGAAUUCACACAGGCGAGAAGCCGUUUUCAUGCGUCACCUGUGGAAAAUGCUUCAGUCAGAAAGGUAACUUGGCGUAUCACAUGAAGGGUCACACCGGCGAGAAGCCCUUCUCGUGCAUCACCUGUGGAAAAAGCUUCAGUUUCAAAAGUAUUUUACUCAUUCAUUCAAGAAUUCACACAGCUGAGAAGCCCUUCUCAUGUCUGACCUGCGGAAAAAGCUUCACCCAGAAAAGCAGUUUGACGUACCACAUGCGAGUUCACACGGGUGAGAAGCCGUUCUCCUGCAUGUUUUGCGGAAAAACCUUCAGGCAAAGAUCGAAAUUAACUCGUCACACCAGAAUCCACACUGGCGAGAAGGCCUAAGACUGAAGCAGCGAGGUGCUUUUGAAACUCAGCUGUUCAGAAUCUGGAGUGAUUAAUGAGUAAUCACAGUUAACUACAUUUUUCUGAUGAAAAAAAAAUUAAUAGCACUAAAAUAUUAAUUACACUUACAUGUAAUGUCUUUCUGCCAAAUUUAACCUCCCAGUUUAAAGGGAGGUUCAGUCGGCGAACCAAACAAUGCUGAUGUUUGAUCUUUUUGUCUUCCUCUGCAUGGAUCUUCAUCGACUUCAAAGCAAGUCUGACUUGUGAUGUUUUUCCAGUGUACUUUUUUCAUAUGCAGACUGUUUUUGUUUAAGAAUGUUUAGUUUAGAGAAUGUGUUGAUAAAAUGAUUUAAAUGUCUGAUUUAAAAGUGACUUGGAAUAAAAAAAAGUCUGUAGGUUUUUACAGAACAAAAUGGACUGAUUGUGAGUUUUUUCUCACAACAAACAUAAAAUCCUGGUUGCUAAUAGGGACCAUUGAAGUUUAAAUACAUGAAAGCAUAACUGACAUUUUAAUGUGAAUGUUUUCCUUCGUGUUCAGUGUUAUGAAUAGAAAAGGAAUAAAAACCUGGUUGAUGCCGCA